AUGCGAAAGCAAAAAACAGAUGGGCAGCUGAAGAGCGGCGACAAAUCACUACUGAGAACGUGCCAGGUUUGUUCUCAUGCAAAGCUCCGUUGCGACAGGACCCAGAACUCUGGUUUCUGCGACCGUUGUCUCCGGCUGAACAAAACGUGCAUCUUCCCUCCUGCACGGCGAGGAACUGCUCCGGCGCAGCGGGUAAAUCGGAUCAAUCAACUCGAGGCCAAAAUAGCCAAGCUUGAUAAUAUCCUGGCUUCGCAACAGGUGGAAAGCGGAGGCUCCGAGGCAUCGCCCGUCAGCGGUCGUGAUGUUUCGAGGUCGUCCUCUGCGGCAGCUGGCGAGACAGCAGAUGAGGCUUCACGGAUCCAGCAUGCCAACGGGGUCUCGCUCGAUCCUUUUCAGCUGGGCUUGCUCUCCAUCGAAACCGGGGAGCUCCUACUCGAUCGAUUCCGACGGUCAUUAUCGCCGUACUUCCCUUUUGUGGUCAUACCACAAUCAGCGAAAGUAGCCGACUUGCACCGAGAGAAGCCAAUUGUGUGCCUCGCAGUUCUGUUCGCAGCUUCCAUUGACGACAGGGCGUUGCAGGCGCGCAUCGCACGGCUGUUUGAGCAGAUGCUGGCCACGGCACUGCUGCAAGGCAGUAUUUCAACCCUCGAAAACCUGCAGGGUCUGUUGAUUUACAUUUCUUGGGCUCAAUAUCAGCCUCGUCCGCGCAAGCACACUCAGAAUAUGUUUCUGGCUAUGAGUAUAAUAUACGACCUGAGAUUUCAUAAGCCUAGGUACCUAUCAACAAGGGUAUUGGCCCAUGACCCGGGUGCAGCGACUGGUGUUUUGAGAGCAGAUGAGAUUGUCGAUUUGCUGCGUAUGAUUGAGGACAUAGAAAGUUUGGUCAAAGGCACUACUCAUUUCCAGCUGGAAGACAACUUACUUGCCAGGAUCGAAAAUCUGCAACGUCAGUUACGAUCUCUCAAGGAAGCCUUGCCGCCCAAUUUGGCAUCCUCUCCUCUCUUGAAGUUACAGAUUCAUGCCGCGGAGCUAUUGCUAGGAGAGUUGGCUCUGCCGGGGUCUCCAGUCGGCCUCUCACUAGAUCCUUCUACCAGCCUGGCCGAAAGCAUUUCUGCGGUGAAGUCCCUGAUGGAAAUCUUCCUCUCUGCCGAGCCAGGUCAGGAAACGUGUUUCACCAAUGUGGCCUGGAUAAUGUUCGGCUACGGCCUUUCUCUAGGAGUGAGACUGGAUAUACUAUGCACCACCUGUGGUAUAAGCGCCACAAGAGCAACUGAGCUUCGGGGCUCCUUGGGUAUGCCCCAGAUCCUAAAAGGAGUGGUUGAGCGUCUGCGCACAUCCGUGCCACAAAACAUAGAUACGGACGCCGAGGCCCACCCUUUCUGUCCAUUUCUGUCCCGGGCUGAAGCAGUGGAGUCCUGGUACGUGAGACACGGCCCACCUGCGCCGCCCGAAUGCGCCCCAGUCGUAAACCAGCCUUGUCCUCAGACACUCGUCAGGACCCAGCAGGAUGAUCAUCGGCGUAACGCGCUUUCAAGCCAUCCACAUCCUGAUAUGGAUGUUGAGGGGUUCUUUGGAACGACAAAUAAUCAGGACAGCGAUUUUGCAUUUGAUCCUGAGAUGCUGGCAUUUGAAGGACUAGACUUUGCGGAUAUGGAUUUCGCUAUGGAUCAUCAGGAGGCUUGGAACCCGUUCGUCUUUCCUGAUGGCGCAUACUAG